CCCACAGCGCCCCAAGUGCGUUCGGGGAGGGCUCCCAGGAUUCGGUGCCGCGGCCCACGGCUUUAAGAGGCUCUCGGCCCAGGCCGUUCACAGCGCCGCCUCGCCGCUUCCUGCCGCCGCUCCGCCCCGGCUCCGCCCUCUCCCGGAGCUGCUAGAGUCCCAGGCCGCCGCCUUCGGGAGGGACUUCGGAGGGCACCCGGGCUCUUCUGGGCCUCUGUCUGUCCCAGAACUGUGUGUUCUGUGGCAGCAAUGUAGACACUUGAAGGUGGAAGGUAAGAGUUGCUGGAACCCAGGUCCCGGAAGACAUCCUGUGAAGGCUGUGACUUCUCUUGGACGGACCAACAGGCUGAGGCCAGGUCCUACCUCAGCGAGGAGAUGAUCGCUGAGUUCAAGGCUGCCUUUGACAUGUUUGAUGCUGAUGGUGGUGGGGACAUCAGCGUUAAAGAGCUGGGCACCGUGAUGAGGAUGCUAGGGCAGACACCCACCAAAGAGGAACUGGAUGCCAUCAUUGAGGAGGUGGACGAGGAUGGCAGCGGAACCAUCGACUUUGAAGAGUUCUUGGUCAUGAUGGUGCGCCAGAUGAAAGAGGAUGCGAAGGGGAAGAGUGAAGAGGAGCUGGCAGAGUGUUUCCGCAUCUUUGACAGGAACAUGGACGGCUACAUUGACGCUGAGGAGCUGGCUGAGAUUUUCAGGGCUUCCGGGGAGCAUGUGACAGAUGAGGAGAUCGAAUCCCUGAUGAAGGACGGCGAUAAGAACAAUGAUGGCCGCAUUGACUUCGAUGAGUUCCUGAAGAUGAUGGAGGGUGUUCAGUAAAGAGCCGGCCUUCUCUUCCAUCCAGAUUGCAGGUCCCCUGGGCGUGGCCAACUCUACCCUUGCCUAUCCCACCCCACGAGGGAAGGGCUGCUCCUUAGAGCUCUGUGGCUGGAAGGAAUAAAAGCUGACAAUGUAAA